AUGUUAGCAUAUUCCAGUGUAGUGUGGCUGACAAGAAGCUGCUUCAAAGACGACCAAAUGCUGACUUGCCUUAUGCCCAGCUCAGUGCAGACAGAAGCCACCAUGCUCAAAGCUGAAAGAAAAUCAGGAAGCACUCCCCGUCCCAAGAAGCAGCCGCUAGCACACAGACGCGGCUGCGACCUAGAGAUUGACGCGGUGCUGGUGUCCGAGGAAACUGCCAGGCAGAACUAUGCGGAUCUGGCGUACAGUUUGUGUCCCUCAUCUGAAGCCUCUAGCCAGGGCAAAAGUGGAGCUGAUGUGAAAGUCCAGGAGUCUACGGACAUUGUGGUAACCUCUGAAGAUGACAUCACGAAGAUCAUGUUCAAUUGGCCCUCCAAAAAGAAUGCCAUAACUUUACAGAUGUAUCAGGAGAUUAUGCUUGCACUUAAAAAUGCCAGCAGGGAUAACUCAACCAUAACUGUUUUCACAGGAGCUGGUGACUAUUACUGCAGUGGGAAUGACCUAAAUAAUUUGAUUAAUGCUGGUGAAAUCCAGGAGUUAGCUAUAAAGUGUGCUAUGGCACUGAGGGAACUUGUAAGUGGUUUUAUAGACUUUCCCAAGCCUCUGGUUACAGUAGUAAAUGGCCCAGCUGUAGGACUCGCCGUCACCCUUCUGGGACUGUUUGAUGCUGUCUACGCAUCUGGCAAGGUAAUUCUGUUCCUGGCUAAUCAGUGA